CACAUCAUCCAUAAAUUGUACGUAAAUUACAGUAGUCUCCGGCCCUUAUUCAAAUGUAAUUCCAAUGUCAUGCGGCAGAUUCCUAUUUCUCUCUCAAUCUCCGGUCAAAAACUCAACCACCUCUUUCAAUUUCACCACUGCCGUCGCCUUAUUUCAACAUCAGUAAUUCCAAUUUGUUUCCCUGGUUCUACUAAUAUUAAGAGAGCAAUGGUCACUGCUAGCAGUAGCCCUUCUUCCUCUAACCCCAAUAAUAAUCGGGGCGGCAGUGAAUUCACAUCUCUAAAAGAAAGAAUCACAUUCGAGAAGGAAAUUAAGAAGAGUAAAUUCAUCGCAAUUGCUGGGCCCGUUUCCGAUGAACGCUCCGCCUUUACCUUCCUUUCCGAGGUUAGAGAUCCACGUGCCACUCAUAAUUGCUGGGCUUACAAGGUUGGAGAUCAAUAUCGGAGUAAUGAUGACGGUGAACCAUCUGGUACAGCUGGCAAGCCAAUACAUUCUGCAAUUGUCUCUUCUGGCAUAGAUAGAGUUAUGGUUGUCAUUAUCAGGUAUUUUGGAGGAAUCAAACUUGGCACUGGAGGAUUAGUUAGAGCAUAUGGAGGAGUAGCUGCCGAAUGUUUGAGGAAUGCCCCGACAUGCCUUGUAAAAUCAAAAGUUCCUAUGGGCUUGGAGGUUUCAUUUGAUCUUUUGGGAGUACUCUACCAUCAACUACAAUCUUUUCAAGUCGAGGACAUCAAGCAGGACUAUGAUACUGGAAAAGACAAUGUUACAAUGGUCACUUUCAAAGUUGAUUUUGAUCGGGUACAAAGUUUGGAAGAAGCUAUCAAGGUAAGUUGUAGCCGUGAUAUUGUGUUUUAUAAGCAUUGAAACACUCGUGUUUUUGGUUUUCCUUUUGGAAACAUAGGGAUCUUCAAAGCUUUCAAGCUCAGCAGAAUGAAUUACAAUUUUAAGAUAAGAGGCAAAUUUCAUCUUUUCUGCAACCUGUUCUUUGCUUAAUGCUACAGUUUUAACAUAUAUCGCGUGGAUCGAUGAUGCAUGUAUGAUAUUAAACUGAUGAGAACAGGUUGUUGCACAUAUUGUUGAUGUACACAAUAAGUUCUAUUUGUAGUGAAAAUUUACACCUGACAGAAGUGGACAAGUCGAUUAUUGAAAGAAUGCAAAGUGUACCUUGGGUUCCUGUAAUUACACUAUUGAAAUAACUUCAGGUAAAUUUUUCUCUUUCUUCAAUCUGACAUAGUUCCAAUUUGA